AUGGCUCCAAGACGCCAGACCCCGAUCUACAAACACAUGGAUGCCGCCGGACAGCUCGCCAUCACACACGUCCACAAUGCUAACCAGGAUCUCUCUCUCGUCGACCGCCUCAUCGAGCCCCAAACAAUAGCCCAUUUCCUCUCCUUCUGCUGCGAGGGGACCCUCCCAAACGGCAAGACGACGUCGCUGGAACUCCUCAAGGGCAAGGAGCUAUCCCUGCUAGAGCAGAAACCAGAAACAGAUGAAAGUCCCUUCCACUUCAUGGACCGGAUCAUGAGCAGGAUCGGGUCACUGGAGGACGACGCGCGGAUGUGCGUUGUCGGCCGCAAUAUCUGGUCCGUCAAGAACCGGUUAUGGGCAGGGAUGAUCCCUCUCUCCGAGCAGCGCUGGAAAGAGAAGGGCCUCGACCGCCCGGAUAACUUCGAUAUCGCGGCGCAGUAUCUGUCCGCCGUGGUUGCGGUAUUCGAGUACCUCAACCGCCCGCGCGUGCAGGAUAACAUGCGCGACACGUUCAACCUGAUUUCUCAGCACUGGGGCGAGUUCGAGGCGUUUGUCAACUCGCGUCGUGAGGGCAGACCCGUGGGAAUACGGAAGCUAUGGACCGAGUUCAUCCAGGCACAUUUCGAGGUCAUCACCGAGCGCGCCCAUCGCUGGGUCUUGGUCCACGUGAAUACCCUCCGCGAGCCGCUAAUCCGCGACCUCACGACGUAUCGCCCGGCUAACCUGGACGAGGUCGAUAGUGUGCAGUGGCGGCUCACCGACCGGCUGCAUAUCCUGGCGGAGAUUGCAGGCGUGGCUGAUUAUACGAUUAUGCUGCCGAUGCAUGGGUACUACGGGUACACGACGCCGCCGAUUCCAAGCGGCGUUCUGCCCACGCUGCGCUCGCCGAAAUGGGAUGUCCGGAAUGAGGCGUAUGGCCCGUACAUGAAGAGCCUCACGCGCGGGCAGAUGAUCCAACAGACGCUGGAACGACGGGAGCGCGAGGGGCCGCGAGUGCACCAUGUCGCUGACCCCGUUGAGUUCCAGCGCACGACCCGCGUGCAGCUUGGGUGUCAGGCUCGCGCGCGAAGGGAGAUCCGCGGAGACCCCGUUGAGCCGGUGCCGAAGGAGCCGUGGAUUCCGGAUGUCAUGCGCUCGAUCAAGACGGAGACAAGCCGGGUUGGGUUCGUUAUCUAUCGGCUGACGUACGGGCAGAGCGAGGCGGAGUGGAGUGCGUUCCGGGAGAAGUUUGAGGCACACGUUUCAGACUGGGGACGGGGGCAGACGGGGUCCGCGGUUCUAAAGCCGCAUUUGAUGCUGGAGUGGCGGGAUGGGAAGGAGUUGGGGAUUCCGGAGGGGGGUAUUGAAGCUGCGAAGAAACACUAUCUCGACACGUACCCGGAUUCCGAAGGCGAAGACGUAGAGUCUCCGCAGCCCCCCGAAGACUCUGAGUCCUCCGACUCCGACUCAUCCACCCCCCUAACCCUAAUCUCCUCCAUAAACCGUCGCGCCUUCCUCGCCGUGGACUUAGCAAGCUACACCUCCUACACCAGCAAAACCUACACCCCCUGCAGCCCAGACAUCCCGCCCGGCGACUUCACAGGCUUCAUCCUCGCCAUCGACCCGGACUUUGAUCCCGCCGAAGGCCCCGACCGCCCCGACGAAACACCCGGCUUCUUCGGCCAGCUCCGCGUCCUCGGGAGUCUGCUCUGGGGCGACCUCUUCGGCAUGCUUGCGUCGCAGUGCGCCAUCCUCGAGGACCUGUGGCCCCUUGCCCUCGACCACCCGGAUAACGUCUACGCGGGGCCGCUAGUCCCGCUUGUGACUAAGGCGUGGCGGGUCCAUAACGGAAUUCGGGGGGUUCUGAUGAACGAGAUGAUGGGGUACGUUAGGGCGAGGCUUGAGGGGCGUGUUUGGCCGUCGUCGAGUGCGAGUGCAACUGCCACGAGCACAGCGCAGCAAGCAGACACGACCACAAACACAAACACAGCCACUGGUACUGGUUCUAGUACCAGCAGCGCACCCCCUCCGCCCCUCGAUUCCGACCAAACCUCGCUUCGCAUCUGGAUGAUGUUCCAGUAUGCGCGGUCCCUGCGGGGGCGCGGGCAGACGCGGCAGGCGAUCAUCGUCGAGUCGAUGAUCCGGGCGCCGCGGGGAGCGAUGCCGGAUAUGGCGGAUGUUGCGAGGAGGAUGGAGCUUGAGGGGAUUCCGGUGUCGGCUGGUGAGCUGGAGAGGGAGGUGCAUGCUAUGGGGAGGGAUCAGGGGUGUCCGAUGCAGUGA